UCUACCGUUGGUCCAAGAAAACAACAAUAAUAGUUUUGAAAAUGAAAAUAAUUCAGCAGAUGAGGAUGAUACUACUUUGGAUGGUAUGCCAGAGUUGCAGAAUACAGCAGAUUCCAGGACAAUAGAUUGUAUCACACAUCAGAGUAAUACUGACGAUCAAACUUCAAAUCAAGAUGUCUGUGCUCCUAAUCGUGAAUCAAGGAAAGAUGGGGAAAAUCUUGACUGCUAUGAAGAAAUAGAAGAAGAACAGGAAGAAUAGGAACAGAUUUUUACCGAUGAAGAAAAUGAGGACGAGAACCAGAAGAACAAUAACAAUCAAAAUUAUGAUCUUCCUCUUUACAAUGGAGCUCCGUUGACCAUUUCACAGAGCAUGUUGUUGAUUGCAACUCUAUUAAUUACUCACAACGUCAAUCAAUCAUGUCUUACCGACAUUAUAUCGAUCAUCAAUUUGCACUGUUUAACCGAUAGCCUUCAUAAUAAUAGUUUAUUCAAAUUUAAGAAAUUUUUCGCUUUAGGAAAUCACAACUUCAAAAAUCAUAAAAAACAUUACUAUUGUUCUAAUUGUCUAAAAAAUCUAAAUUCAUUCAUUGAUGCUUGUCCAGAAUGUUUAAACAGUAAACCAGCACAUUUUAUUACACUAUCUAUUUCUAAUCAAUUACGUGAGCUGUAUAAUAGACCAGGAUUUUAUCACCGACUACAGCACCGUUUCCGUCAGCAGGACGCAAAUUUUAAUAAUAUUAAUGAUGUUUAUGAUGGUUCUCUAUACACAAACAUAAGAAGGAAUGGUUAUUUAUCUAAUCAAAACAACAUAUCAUUUAUGUGGUACACAGAUGGUGUACCGGUUUUCAAAUCAUCACACAUCAGCAUUUGGCCUCUUUACUUAACAAUUAAUGAAUUGUCUUUCAAGGAACGAACUAAACGGCAUAAUUUAAUAUUAGCUGGACUAUGGUUCGGUGAUAAGAAGCCUGAUGCAAAUUUAUUUAUAGACAAACUACAUUUACAAUUUACAAAACUUCUGGAAGAAUCAAAUUAUAUUUUACCUGACGGACGAGAAAUAUUUGUGCAAGCCGCAUUAUUAUUUGGUACGUGUGAUAACCCAGCUAAAACGCAUUUCUUAAAUUUUAAACAAUUCAAUGGUUUUUAUGGUUGCCCAGUAUGCUUAGAACCUGGAGAAAGUUAUCGAUGUCCAACAGGAGGAACAACUCACGUUUAUAAAUUUACUGAUAAUCCAAGUAUGCGAACAUUGGAGCAGUCUCGAGAGUAUGGCAACUUAGCACUAUUGAAUAAUAAAGAACAUUUUGGUGUAAAAGGACCAUGUGCUUUGUCGAAUAUAAUGCCAGAUUUUAUCGCUGGAAUGGCAAUUGAUGAAAUGCAUUGCGUUGAUAAUGGCGUGGUGAAAAAACUCUUGUCUUUAUGGUUCGAUAGUGCUUACAGUAGCUUUCAUUAUUCACUGUACCCUGUAAUUGAAGUGAUUAAUGAGCGAUUGACAAGCAUAAAGCCACUGAAAUUUGUCCAUCGAUUGCCUCGAACCUUACAAGAAUUAACUCACUUGAAAGCUUCAGAAUUAAGAAUGUGGUUUUUUUAUUAUUCACUUCCAGUUUUGUCUGGCAUAAUGCAAAAUAUUUAUUUCGAACAUUUUAUGUUACUAAUUACAAGUAUUGCAUAUCUAACUGCUGACAGCAUAUCCAAUGAAAUGAUUGACAACGCACAAAUUUUAUUAAAUAAAUUCGUCCAUGAUUUUGAAACACUCUAUGGACUUCAAAAUUGCUCUAUCAAUGUGCAUUCACUCCUUCAUUUACCGGAAUUGGUUCGUAGGAUUGGACCUUUAUGGUCGACUUCUUGCUUCGUGUUCGAAGAUUUAAAUGGACAGUUUUUAAAAUUAAUCCAUGGUACGAGGCAUAUUGAUUCGCAAAUCGCAAGCACACACGGUCAGGUUCUUCGAAUGCAACAAUAUCAAGAACAAUUACCCGAUGGACCUGUAAGAGAUUUUUGUAUUUCUAGGAAAUAUGGAGUAAAAAUUUGUGAAAAGUUAUUUAGACAUUGUUAUAGUGUUGGGACAUAUAGCUAUUUCGAUGACUUUCCGCAAUUUUUACAUCGUGCAGUACAUCAUUUAUUACCCAUCCGAAACAUCAAGAAAUAUUAUCGAUUAUUAAAGGACGAUAAAUUUUAUAUCUCAGAUCAAUAUUCACGUGAUUUAAAGACAAUAUCAUCUGAUGUGCAGUACAUUGAUAACACGGGUACACCUCGUUUUGGCAGGAUUUAUUGCUUUACUAAAAUUACAGAGUGUGAAUGUUUAACUGCAUGCCAUUGCAAUGGCAUUCAUCAUGCAAUAAUUAAGAAGUUCGAAUUUAAUAAUGCAUUUCAAUUAUCAUACAAUAAUAUAAAAAUACCAUAUUUGUAUGAGUUCUGGACAACUGAAGAAUACGUAGCUGUUCCCGUGCAGUUUUUAAAGUCUGUGUGCAUUUCUAUGGAAGUAGAUAAUCGAUCAUUCAUAGCUAUACCAGUUAAUACUACGGAGUUGGAGUGAUGAAUUAUUCUUUGUAAUGAUAGAAAGCAAUAAAUGGUGUCAUUUAUUUUGUAUGUUAAGAUUAUUUAAA